UGAGCGCGGCAGGCCAGCGUCGGAGCCAGCGGGGAGCGGGAAGCCCGGGGAACCGACACCGAGAAAGAGAGCGCGCCAGAGCGGGGCAGAGGGACUCGGACUCGCGAAGCCGCACAGAGCUUCCGCGCACGGCGGCCGGCUGGCCUCCCUCGGCCGUUGUCAGCCCCAAGACCGCGCUUCCAAACACCCAGUCCAGCCACCGCCGAGGACAGCGCGCCGCUCGCAGCAGCGAGGCCCGGGGCGGCCCCGCAGGGACCCCCCCCUCCCCCCGACCGCCCGGGCCGUCCGGAUGUGCACUAAAAUGGAACAGCCCUUCUACCACGACGAUUCAUACGCAGCUGCGGGAUACGGCCGGGCCCCGGGCGGCCUCUCUCUACACGACUACAAACUCCUGAAACCCAGCCUGGCGCUCAACCUGACCGACCCUUACCGAGGUCUGAAAGCACCCGGGGCGAGGGGCCCCGGCCCAGAGGGCAGCGGUGGUGGCAGCUACUUUUCCGGCCAGGGCUCGGACACAGGCGCGUCGCUCAAGCUAGCCUCAUCAGAGCUGGAGCGCCUGAUCGUCCCCAACAGCAACGGCGUGAUCACGACGACGCCUACGCCUCCGGGACAGUACUUUUACCCUCGCGGGGGUGGCAGCAGUGGAGGUGCAGGGGGCGUCGUCACCGAGGAGCAGGAGGGUUUCGCCGACGGCUUUGUCAAAGCCCUGGACGACCUGCACAAGAUGAACCACGUGACGCCCCCCAACGUGUCCCUGGGCGCCAGCGGGGGGCCCCCGGCGGGGCCCGGGGGUGUCUAUGCUGGCCCGGAGCCGCCUCCUGUCUACACCAACCUCAGCAGCUAUUCCCCUGCCUCUGCACCCUCCGGAGGCGGAGGGGCCGCCGUCGGGACAGGCAGCUCGUACCCGACGGCCACCAUCAGCUACCUCCCACACGCGCCGCCCUUCGCCGGCGGCCACCCGGCACAGCUGGGCCUGGGCCGCGGCUCCUCCACCUUCAAGGAGGAACCGCAGACCGUGCCUGAGGCGCGCAGCCGCGACGCCACGCCGCCAGUGUCCCCCAUCAACAUGGAAGACCAGGAGCGCAUCAAAGUGGAGCGCAAGCGGCUGCGGAACCGGCUGGCGGCCACCAAGUGCCGGAAGCGGAAGCUGGAGCGCAUCGCGCGCCUGGAGGACAAGGUGAAGACACUCAAGGCCGAGAAUGCGGGACUCUCGAGCACUGCGGGCCUCCUCCGGGAGCAGGUGGCCCAGCUCAAACAGAAGGUCAUGACCCACGUCAGCAACGGCUGCCAGCUGCUGCUAGGGGUCAAGGGACACGCCUUCUGAGCACCCCUUCCCCGUUCGGACAUUCCCCCCACCCACCCCAGCCUGGACGGCUGGGCGCAGGCCUAUCAGAGGGUGAGGGGGCAGGCGGUGGGCACGGGCCCCGGGGCAUGGGGGCGCCGAAAACCACACUGGAUCCCUGCCCGCCCGCCCGCUCGCCCGCUCUGCGCCCAGUCCUUCCACCUCGACGUUUACAAGCCGCCCCUUCCAUGUUUGUUUUUGUUUUUCUGCUGGAAACGGACUCGAUUCAUAUUGAAUAUAAUAUAUUUGUGUAUUUAACAGGGAGGGGAGGAGGGGGCGAUCACGGCGGAGCUGGCCCCGCUGCCCGGUACUCAAGCCCGCGGGGACACCGAGGAGGGGAUCCUCGCCCCCUGCCCUCCCCCUCUGCACCGUACUGUGGAGAAACACGAACACGGUCUCUAAAGAGUUUAUUUUAAGAUGUGUUUGUGUGCGUGUGUGCGUUUGUUGUUCCGACUUUUUAUUGAAUCUAUUUAAGUAAAAAAAAAGGUUCUUUA